AUGAAGUCCAACUAUAAGUUCUCGAACCUCUGCGGGACAGUAUACCGCCAAGGGAACAUAGUGUUCACUUCAUGUGGCAACAGCAUCUUGAGCCCAGUGGGGAAUCGUGUUUCGGUCUUCGACCUCGUGAACAACAAGUCACGUACCCUUCCCUUUGAGAAUCGCAAAAAUAUCUCCGCCAUUGCCCUUAGCCCGGAUUCCAAUGUCCUCGUGAGCGUCGACGAAGAUGGCCGGGCCUUGCUCGUCAACUUCAAGCGUGGCGUCGUCUUACACCACUUUAACUUUCACAAGUCCGUGCGCGCGAUCGUUUUCUCCCCGGAUAGCAAAUACAUCGCGGUCACGCAUGCGUCGCACAUUCAAGUCUGGCGGACACCUAACCAUCUCGUCCGGGAGUUCGCGCCUUUCGUGCUUCACAGGACCUACACUGGCCACCAUGACGAUGUUCUCAGCAUUCAAUGGGCCCCUGACUCCAGUUGUUUCAUCACCACCUCUCGUGACAUGACCGCCCGCUUGUUUACCCUCAACCCUCUUGAGGGUUUCCGUCCCAAAACGUUUGCAGGUCACCGAGAUGCCGUCAUUGGCGCUUACUUCUCUGCAGAUGGCCAACACAUAUACACGGUCAGCAGAGAUGGUGCCGUGUUCACCUGGAAAGCCAAAGCCUCCGACGAGCCCAGCGAUGACGAGGAUGAAGAUAUGCAAGUGGCCGCCUCCACCUCCACGGACGCGAAUCUCAUUGCCCGCACGCGCUGGGGCGUCCACAAGCGUCAUUACCUCAAUCUACCUUCUACUAGGGUAGUCUCUUCAACCUUCCACUGCCCCUCCUCCCUACUCGUGCUGGGCCUUUCAACCGGUGUCUUCGGUCUCUGGGAACUCCCCGCCUUUUCCUCCUUGCACACACUCUCGAUCUCGCAACAAAAAAUCACCUCCGUCGCCGUUAAUCCUCAAGGCGAGUGGCUCGCCUUCGGCUCCACAACCCUCGGACAACUCCUCGUAUGGGAAUGGCAGAGCGAGAGCUACGUUCUCAAGCAGCAGGGGCACUACUUCGACAUGAACACCCUGUCGUGGGCGCCCGACGGGCAGUACGUCGCCACAGGGGGCGACGACGGCAAAGUCAAAGUGUGGAACGUCAACUCCGGUUUCUGCUUCGUGACGUUUUCCGAGCAUUCUUCGGCCGUGUCGUGUGUCGAGUUCGCGAAGCAGGGCCAGGUCCUGUUCUCGGCCUCCCUCGACGGGACUGUCCGGGCCUUCGACCUUGUGCGUUAUCGCAAUUUCCGAACGUUCACCUCACCGCAGCCGGUGCAGUUCUCGAGCCUGGCCGUAGAUCCGAGCGGAGAGGUGGUCGCGGCGGGCUCAACAGACUCGUUCGAGAUCUUCCUCUGGUCCGUGCAGACCGGUCGGCUACUCGACGUUCUGGCCGGACACGAAGGGCCGGUGUGCAGCCUCGCCUUCUCCCCGACCGGGGACUUUCUCGCCAGCGGAAGUUGGGACAAGACCGUCAGGGUAUGGACGAUGUACGGGCGAUCGGGCGCCGUCGAACCAUUCACGCUCUCCGCCGACGUCCUUGCGCUGGCAUUCCGGCCGGACGGCAAAGAACUCACGGCCUCAACGCUUGAUGGGCAAAUCGCCUUUUGGGAUGUUGGGCAGGGCAAGCAAACGGGUAUCAUUGAGGGUCGUAAGGACGUGUCCGGUGGGCGGCGGAUAGAUGACCGGCGGACAGCGGCGAACUCGGCGUCAGGCAAGUCCUUCAACUCGCUCACGUAUACGGCCGACGGGCGUUGCCUGCUCGCGGGCGGGAACAGCAAAUACGUCGUGCUGUACGACGUCGCGGAUGGCGUCAUGGUGCGCAAAUUCCAAAUAUCGGAGAACCUGUCUUUGGAUGGCACCCAGGAGUUCCUGGACUCGAGGAAGAUAAUGGAUGGUGGGUACAGUGCAGAAUUGGUGGACGAUCGAGGGGACGAAUCCGAUCUCGAGGACCGUGCUGACCAGAGUCUGCCUGGCGCGCAAAGGGGCGACCUCGGGAAGCGGAAAUACCGGCAGGAAGCGCGGACGAAGUGCGUGCGGUUCAGCCCCACAGGGAGGGCAUGGGCUGCCGCGUCCACCGAAGGAUUGCUCAUAUACUCCGUCGACGACUCCAUCGCGUUCGAUCCGUUCGACCUCGAUAUCGAUCUCACUCCACAAUCCCUCCUCGCAGUCCUCGCGAAUCAUGAAUACCUUAAAGCUCUUAUUAUGGCUUUCCGACUGAACGAAAAGCCGCUCAUCCACCGUGUCUAUGAGUCCAUACCUCAUGCGGACAUUCGGCUGAUAGCGAGGCAACUACCGGUCGUAUACGUCGAGCAGAUGGUGCGAUUCGUGGCGGAUCACCUGGAGAAGAGUCCACAUUUGGAGUUCGAUCUGGUGUGGAUCAGGAGCUUGUUGACCGCCCAUGGGCGGUAUUUGCGGGAUCAUUCGCGCUCCGGAGAAUAUGCUAGUGCGCUGAGGGAGUUGAAGAAAGGACUGGCCGAUUGCGAGACUACCAUUGCGAAAUUGUGCAAUGAAAACUCUUGGACGUUGGACUACCUGAUUGAUCAGGCUAAGGUCCAUCAAAAUCGAGAAGUUGGUAUGCAGAUUGAGGUUGCGUAG